GCACGGCGCAAACUCCACAGAUCGGAUCGCAGGCCACCCACGAGAUAGAAAUACUCCAAUUUCACACACAGCGUGGGCAGAGACCACAGUGUUCGUGCCGCCAUAACCGCCUCGAAUCUGACGACGGCGACGGCGGAGAUGGAUGCGGCUGGAGGCGGCGGGAGAUGGUGUGUGGUCACCGGGGGCCGCGGCUUCGCGGCGAGGCACCUGGUGCUGAUGCUGCUCCGUUCCGGCCAGUGGCGCGUGCGCGUGGCCGACCUGCCCCACGCCAUCUCCCUCGAUCGGGAUGAGGAGGAGGGGAUCCUCGGCGCCGCCCUCCGCGAAGGCCAAGCCGUUUACGCCUCCGCCGACCUCCGCGACAAGGCCCAGGUUGCCAAAGCUUUUGAGGGGGCCGAAGUAGUUUUUCAUAUGGCUGCUCCAGAUUCAUCCAUUAACAACUUUCAUCUUCAUUAUUCAGUUAAUGUUGAAGGAACAAAGAAUGUCAUUGAUGUGUGUAUUCGUUGCAAGGUGAAGAGGCUUAUCUACACUAGCUCACCAAGUGUAGUUUUUGAUGGAGUUCACGGAAUUUUCAAUGCAGACGAAUCAAUGCCGUACCCAGACAAGUUUAAUGAUUCAUAUUCAGAAACAAAGGCAGAUGCAGAAAAAUUAGUAAUGAGAGCUAAUGGUAGGGAUGGGCUUCUUACUUGCUGUAUACGCCCAAGUAGCAUUUUUGGGCCUGGCGAUAAGCUACUGGUUCCUUCUCUGGUUGCUGCUGCAAGGGCAGGCAAGUCCAAAUACAUAAUUGGCGAUGGGGACAACUACUAUGAUUUCACCUAUGUCGAGAACGUGGCAUAUGGCCAUGUUUGUGCAGAUAAAACUCUAUCAUCUGAAGAUGGUGCAAAGAGAGCUGCUGGAAAAACAUACUUCAUAACAAAUGCGGAGCCCAUAAAAUUCUGGGAGUUCAUGUCAUUGAUUCUAGAAGGUCUUGGAUAUCAAAGGCCUUCAAUAAAAAUUCCUGUCUCUGUUAUGAUGCCAGUAGCUCAUGUGGUAGAAUGGACUUAUAAGACGUUCUGUAAGUAUGGAAUGAAGGUUCCUCAGCUGACACCAUCAAGGAUCAGGCUCCUGUCAUGCAACCGGACAUUCAGUUGCUCAAGAGCGAAAGAUCAGCUUGGCUAUGAACCCAUCGUGUCAGUCAAGGAUGGUCUGAAGAGAACAAUAGAGUCGUAUUCCCAUCUACAAGCUAGGAGUCAAAGAAGUAUAUCAAAGGCUUCAAUAUUUCUUGGGAAUGGAAAUCUUGCAAAAACGCUUCUUUGGGAAGAUACGAAGCAAACAAUGACAGUGCUACUACUCUUGGCUGUUAUUUACUACCAGUUAUUUACAUGUGGUUACACCAUAAUGACAGCAAUGGCAAAACUUUUCUCACUUACAGCGCUGUUCUUGUUCAUUCAUGGCAUGCUGCCCGCAAAUGUAUUUGGACACAAGAUUGAGAAACUUGAGCCCUCAAACUUUCACAUCUCACAGAUGGAGGCUCAUCAGAUUGCUUGUUCAGUCAGCUCAUCAUGGAACUCAUCAGUUGGAGUGCUAAAAUCUCUUUGUAGAGGAAAUGACUGGCCACUGUUUUUCAAGGCGGUAUUCUUCCUACUGGUUGUUAGCAUCCUUAGUUCCAUGUCUUCGCAGGCUGCAUUUAAAAUCGGUAUUGCUCUGAUUUUCAUAGGCUUCAAGGCAUAUGAGAAAUGGGAGGACACCAUUGACAGCCUGGUGGGUGAUGCUUGUUCAUUCAUUCUGCAGUUUAGUCCUACCCAGAAAUCUUCAAGGCAGAAACAAACAUAGACAAGGAGCACGUGAUUGAAUAGCAUUUUUUUUAGUGUUAUUAACUUUUAUUGUUCAGCUAUUGUUGUUUCUUUUAUCUCUGAACUAGUCUUCCUAUGUCAUCUAUAGCAUACCCUAACUUGCUUGGGACAAAGGGCUUUGUUGUUGUUGUCUUUGUUUGUCAUUUUAUUGUUACACAAUCGUCAUUCAAGUCACAGAUGAAAGUUUGUAGACACUUUCCUGACGGUAGUGGAUGUAAUAUAUGGAGCUGUCCAUUUUU